UUAAUUUCUGCAAGGCCAUGUGCGAGUCCACAGUAACGUAAUAUCCGGCUACAUGUUCCAUCAGUUCAUAGUACUUCUGUAAGCAUGCCAGUGCGGAAUUCAGUAUGUUUCUCGAACGAAGACGUGGUUGGAGUUGUCAUUAAUAAAUUCAAGCUAUGAUAAUAUGCCGUGUGAAGUUGCUGCUCACUUCUUGAUACUGUAUGGAUCUCAGCGCGGUCAGGCUCAGUCAAUAGCUGAAGAGAUCUGCGAACAAGCUGCUGAUCAUGGAUUUACAGCUGACAUCAGCUGUCUGAGCAACCAGGACAAAUACAACGUGGACAGUGAAAUCCGCCCAGUUGUUUUUGUGGUUUCCACAACUGGUGAUGGUGACCCUCCAGACACUGCUCAGAAGUUUGUGAGAAAGAUCAAGAAUAAAACUCUGCCGCACGACCACCUCUCCCAUCUGCGUUAUGCACUGUUAGCUCUGGGAGACACAAACUAUGCAAAUUUCUGCAACGGGGGCAAGACCAUUGACAGCCGUCUGCAGCAACUUGGUGCUAAACAUUUCUAUGCCACUGGGCAUGCAGAUGACGGCACCGGACUUGAAGUAGUGGUGGAUCCUUGGAUUGAGGGACUCUGGGACGCUCUGAAAAAAACAUUUUCAAGCAUGUCUGCUUCGGAUCAACAGGGCCCUGCCUGUAGUGACUGUACACAGGACAAUAAACAUAAAAAUGCAUUAGGCCAGGAAAAUAACAAGGCAGAUCUAGAAGUUGAUCUUCAUCUUUUAAAGCUGAGUGAAGUAGACUCACAAAAUGGGAAAACGGUUACAUCUGACAGCAGUGUUGCAGAGACUCGCUCUACUACAUUGGUUGCAUCUCUGAAGCAAUCUGUAUCACCGUUGUCAGAGUCUGUUCUUAAAGUUCCCGCACUCCCCCCUUCAUAUCUAGAGGUCGUUUUGGAGGAGGCGUCAACUGAAGGGGACACAGUCCCAUCUGGUGAAGACGGUUAUCGUGAAGUGUCCAUUUCAAAAGCAGUUCAAUUAACUCAAGAUGAUGCAGUGAAAUCUGCCAUCUUACUGGAGCUUGAUAUUUCAGAGCAGGACAUUGCUUAUCAGCCUGGAGACUCCUUUGAUAUUCUCUGUCCAAACAGAGCCAACGAAGUUGAAGAUUUGCUGCUCAGACUGGAUCUGCAAAUGCAAAAGAAUUAUGCUGUUCAGGUCAACUUGCUUAAAAACAGCAGUAAGAAAGCAGCAAAGGUUCCACUUCACAUCCCACAGAACAGCUCUUUGCAGUUUAUUCUUACCUGGUGUUUGGAGAUAAGGAGCAUUCCAAAAAAAGCGUUUGUACGAGCAUUGGCAGACUUCACUCGGAGCGGUUCCGAGAAAAGAAGGCUUCUGGAGCUGUGUAGUAAAGAAGGCUCAGCAGACUACAACAGCUUUAUCAGGGACACUAACAUAUGUGUGCUGGAUCUCCUUCAGGCCUUUCCAUCCUGCCUACCUCCGCUCAGCCUCCUGUUUGAACAUUUGCCAAAGCUUCAGCCCAGAGCCUAUUCCGCUGCCAGCUCCAGCCUUCAGCACCCUGGGAAAGUUCAUUUCGUGUUCAAUGUUGUGGAGUUCCCUGCAUGUCCCGAGCAUCCAGCGAGGACGGGGUUGUGCACAGGCUGGCUGGUUGAUCACGUCUCCUCAAUCUUGCGGCCCCUUGGGACGGUGCCGGCUUCAGAGCGUCUAGGCACAUCAGCCCUGCCGAAGGUACAUGUCAGACCUCGCCCCAGCAGCACCUUUCACUUACCAUCCGACCCCUCUGUUCCUGUAGUGAUGGUGGGCCCUGGGACAGGUGUGGCCCCCUUCAUUGGAUUUCUCCAACAAAGAGAGAAAGAACAUGAAAUGAACCAGGAAGCAACUUUCGGAGAGACGUGGCUCUUUUUUGGAUGCCGCCACAAAGACAAAGACUUUCUUUUCAGAGAGGAGUUGGAGAGAUUUGCGCAUAAUGGAACCCUGAGCCAUCUGAUCGUGUGCUUCUCCAGAGAUGAGCCUGAUGAAGUGGGAACCGUUAACAGACCAACAUAUGUCCAGCAUAACUUGCUUCUCCAUGCUAAAAAUGUUGCCAGCAUCCUUCUUAAAGACAAAGGCUGUCUUUAUGUCUGUGGGGAUGCCAAGAACAUGGCAAAAGAUGUGAAUGACACACUACUGGAGAUCAUAGGAAAUGAACUUCAACUCGAUAAACUGGAUGCUAUGAAGAUAGUAGCAGGACUUCGUGAGGAGAAGCGGUAUCUACAGGACAUUUGGAGCUGAGACAGAACACAUAUAGUACACAAACAAAUAGCAUCUUAUUCACAGACAGAUUCCUAAGCUACUUUUUGGCUGUUUCAGUUCAAAUCUGGACCACAGGUGCCACUGAGUGAUAGCUGAACAAACUGCUUUUCAACUGCCUUAAGUCGCAAGGCUUUUUCUUUUGAAUUUUUUUUUAAAAGCCUUCAUAAAAGCCUUUACGUUCAUAAUCUGAAGGUACGGUGAAACAUGCUUAGAUUGGAUUAAAUCAGAUGUUUGGUCAAAACAUUUUAACUGUGCCUUUUAUGCAAUUAUUAAAGAGAAGCCCCGCAUAACCGUUUUAUUCUUUGAGGACCGUUUGUGUAGGGUUUAGAUACAGCUCAGGUAAAAUAUGCAUAAUGCAUUAGACUUAGAAGGCAGGAGGAUGCUAGACAUGAGAAACCAAAACAUGACACACUGGAUGGGAAAACUGUCAGAAGCUGCCAAAUCCAGGAUCAUCUGCAGCAUUUUCCGUGUUUUUCAAUUUCAAAAGUUUUUUUUUUAAGAUUAGAGAGGAUACUCUAGCAUCAUCCAUUUUCUUCCCAACAAACAUUUUGCUAUUUAGGAUUGAAAUUCAUCUCAUGCAUCCACAGCAAUUAUACUAGUCUGCAGUCAGAGUUGGUGAAUCUAAUGUUACACCCCAAAAUCUGUCAGGGUAAGAAAACAUCUACAUCACAAUAUCUGUACUUAUGUAGACAAAAAUAAAAUGCAUACCAAAAAAAAAA